UAUAUCCUCUCAACGCGUUCACAUUUCGCGAUUGUUUUCAAAAACAACUAAUUGAUCUUCGCACUCCCAACUAACAGCUCUAUCAUGGCGCGUACUAUUUAGGAGUGUGUGAUGAACUUGCUUGAAGUUUGGAGAAAAUAACAAAGUUUUAAGUGAUGUAUAGGAGCGAAUAAGGACACAUGAGAGGAUGAUUAUGGUGCAGACGUCGAGUGGAAUAAGGUCAACAGUGUGGCUAUCUCUUCUACAUGGAUGCCUUUUCUUCAUAGCUGACUCCGGCACUGAUGCUCCAGAUUCAAGCACAGACAUGUCUUCACGGCAGUUUAAGGCAGAGUUUCUCCACGAAUGGCAGGGCACGCCUGACGCUCCCUACUUCGACCCGAGCACUCCGAGGAACAUUACCGGUUUAGUUGGACAUCCCGUGCGGUUGUUGUGCCGAGUUAAAAAUCUUCAAAAUAGAACCGUGUCAUGGGUACGUCACCGGGACAUCCACCUGCUGACAGUGGGUCGGUACACGUACACGUCAGACCAGCGCUUCGAGGCGCAACACAAGCCCCGCUCUGAGGAGUGGGCGCUACGGAUUAGAAGUCCGCAGCGGCGAGACUCAGGACAAUAUGAGUGUCAGAUCUCUACCACGCCGCCUGUCGGUCACGCCGUGUACCUUAAUAUAGUAGAGCCAGAAACAAUAAUUUUGAGUGGAUCAGAGCUGUUCAUACAGAAAGAAUCUACGAUCAACUUAACCUGCAUAGUUCGACACACCCCUGAGCCACCUACUUCCAUAACCUGGAGUCACGGAGAGCAGGUAAUAAAUUUUGAUUCAGCUAGAGGAGGAAUAUCAUUAGUUACCGAGAAAGGGUUGAAGAGUACGAGUCGUCUAUUGAUACAGCGGGCGAAAGCAUCUGAUGCGGGAAUUUAUACAUGUGGCCCGAACAACGCACCCCAGGCAGCUAUAAGGGUUCAUGUAUUAUCUGGUGAGCACCCGGCAGCUAUGCAGCAAGGAUGCGCUAGAUCUGUUCUAGAAACUUCAGUUUUAUUUAUUUGUAUUAUUUUAAUAUCAUCUAUAUUACUAUUAAAUGAUUUGCAGAUUUUAACGUGAAAAUAAAGCUGGCACAUGGUUUGCUUUUUGUAAAACAAAAUAAGGAAAUUAAGUGUGAGUUAUGCAUAGAUUUAUAAUUCGAAUGGAAUGUAUUGUGUUUAUAUACAUUUACAAAUUCCAAAACCAAUUCACUACAAGUAAUAAUUUAUGAAUCUCUUCUAAGAAAAACUUACUAAAUGGAAUUUGUAAGUGUUAAACCUAUAAAAAUUACUUUACAUUACUUGCCCUGAAUCAUGAGGAACCCUAAGCAUCCUACUAUGAGAAAAGCUAUUUAUAAUGUUUAUUUAUUGCAUUUACAUCGAGAGAAAAAAUACUAUAAAAAUAAGUUGAUAAUAUAUUUGUACAGUGUAGUUUUACGCGCAAAAUGAUACAAGAAAUUAAUACAUACAAACCGGUCAACGUAACUCGGGACCUGAGUCGAAAAGCGACCAUUCUCCCUCUCCGCGUUCCCCACCCCGCCGUCGUCGUUUUACUAUCGUCAGCAACUUAGCACACUGAGCACCUGUAGAUUAUUAUCAGGCAGCGUUUUGUGAUUAUAUGCUCAGUAAGUAACCAAAAAAACACUCGGUAAGUAAAAAAAAGCUGGACCGAAAAUUUAAAAUCUUAUUUCACUGGCCUACUUCAACCGUUUUUGUUGGGUUUUUCUCGCUGACCGUACUUCCUAGAACUGUCAGUCGAGCCAG